CGCCUGCCUCAUCAAAGAGGUGGACAUCUACACCAUGAAGGUGGAGGACCUGACCUUCACCUCGCCCUUCUGCCUGCAAGUGAAGCGGAACGACUCCAUGCACGCGCUCGUGGCCUACUUCAACAUCGAGUUAACGCGCUGCCACAAGCGCACCGGCUUCUCCACCAGCCCCGAGUCCCCGUACACGCACUGGAAGCAGACGGUGUUCUACGUGGAGGACUACCUGACGGUGAAGACGGGCGAGGAGAUCUUCGGCACCAUCGGCAUGCGGCCCAACGCCAAGAACAACCGCGAUCUGGACUUCACCUUCGACCUGGACUUCAAGGGCCAGCUGUGCGAGCUGUCCUGCUCCAGCGACUACCGGAUGCGCUGAGCGG